GUUCUGCUUCACACCUUUAAUCCAAUAAGAAAUAAAUAAAUUUUAACUCCAAGCUCAUGGAUUCAAAUAAUAGCGCGCAGAAUAAUAACAGAAAUGUUUAUCUUUUCUCUCUUGUUUACAUUUGUUCUUUUAAAGGUCUUUAAAACGACAUUGUUUCUAUGUUGAUAUUAAAAUAAAGUUAUCAAAGGUUUAAAUAUUUAUAGUGAUAUCGAUAGUGGCCUUGUAAUUUACUGUCCCAUUGUGUCUUCUCUAUCAAGUCCUGUUUUCUUUACUUUUAUAAUCAAUUGACUUUUUUCCUUUAGACUCAUAACAUUUAAUUUAUGUUCUCUUUCACCUUGCUUCUGUGUUAAUUGCUCCUUAAUAAAGAACCAUGGACGACUCUCUUUUGGUAAAUAAAUUUGGUUUAAAACUCCACAAACCGGUCGCUUAUGGUUCAGCUGGACAUAAAGUUGUCUUGCUAUUGGCUUAACUACAUUUCUCGUUAUGUCUUGGCUUAUUUCGACUUUAUCAAAAUUUGCUAACAAUUUAAUUCGUAUAGUUUCUGUUUUCUGGCCAAAUCAAAACAAAGAUCUCAACAUGGAAGAUGAGGAAACAUUCCCAUUGACUGUCAAACUGGUUCCUAAAAAUUUAUACCUCAAUUUACAAGUAUCGCGCCAAUGGUCAGUGCGACAGUUGAAGGAUAAAAUUGUUGAAAGCCUGCAGGAAACUUCUACAGUUCAAUCUGUCAGUUUAACAAGUGCUGAUGUAUCAGUGAUAUUUGCUGGAAAAAAAUUAUCAGACUCAAUCAUUUUGGAUAACUGCGGGUUUGGCGAACACAGUGUUGUUCAUAUAAUUAGUGUUGCCAGUAAAAGUGGAAAGUUGAAUGGCGAAUCAAAACCUGGUGAUUUAAUAGUAACAUCCAAUUUUGUUUCAAGUCAAAAUGAAGAUGACCCCACGAAGUCAUACAAAAUUCAACGAAACCAUUUUUUUGUUUUCUGUGAUCAAUGUAAAGACAUUAGACCUGGUAAAUGCCGAGUGCGAUGCUUCAAAUGUAAAGAAGGGUCAUUGGUACUAGCCAAAGAUCCAUCUCAAUGGGACGAUGUUCUUGUACCGGGUACUAUCAAUGGAACAUGUCAUUCGCCAAACUGUGAUGGAUCGAAGGCAGAAUUUUAUUUCAAAUGUGCCUCUGACACUCACCCCAACUCUACCUUUUCAUCAAUUGUUUUGCCAAUCAUUCGAUAUAACUCUCGUCAAGCUUCAUGUCUUGCCUGUACCGAUGUAUGCUCAAUCGUUCUCGUUUUUCCUUGCGUCGACGGACACACAAUUUGUUUAAUGUGCUUCAAUAAUUAUUGUCUUUCACUAUUGAAUGAGAAAAGGUUCAUUUUGGACAAUGAGUUUGGCUACACUAUUUCAUGUCCAAUUCGCUGCCCUCGCUCAUCAAUCCGAGAAACUCAUAUUUUCCAAAUUCUUGGUCCAAAUAAUUAUGAGCGAUACAAAACUUUUGGAGCCGAAGAAUAUCUCUUAGCAUCUAAUGGGUUCUUCUGUCCUCAAAUUGGAUGUGGCGCUGGAAUUAUGGUAGAAAUGAAAAUCCCAGUCGAGUCUAAUGUGAUAACUUGUCAUUUUUGUAAUUCAUGGAUCUGUUUAAAGUGUAAAUCUUUAUUCCAUCAAGGGAAUUGCCGUGAUACUUAUAAACCUUCUAAUAGCUCUCAAGACUCGAAUCAACCUCCUUUAGGACAAAUUGCUCAAGACCACGAUCGAUCGCGUUGGGAUAACGAAGAAAGUUUGCGAACCAUUGCGAUGAUAUCCAAACCAUGUCCAAAAUGUGGAGUACCGACAGAGAGGAGUGAUGGUUGUAUGCAUAUGAUAUGUAAAUGUAACUACGAUUGGUGUUGGAUUUGUCACAGUGGCUGGACCACUGACUGUAUGGCCGACCAUUGGUUUGA